AGAGAACAUCCUGGACAUUUUUCAUCCUGGUCUCUCUGGAAGACCCCGGACGAAAACAUUGUAAAACGUGCUUUAUACACGUGGAAUGGCAGAGGACAACUGUAGUUUAGAUCAAGUAGAGACAGAAGAUGAGAUAGGAAAGAUAGAAGAUGGAAAGGGAGGUGUGCAUUUGGUUGAUGGAGAAAGUGGCACAGUAAUUACAGGGAUUUUGGAAGAAGGAGAAGGACACAUGAGUCAUUCAGAUAGCCUUGGAGGAGGUGAUAGUUUGGACAGUAGCUUGUUGCAAUCAAAUGCCAAUGUCCAUGUGGAGACUAUAGAGGAUGAGGAUAAACUGAGCCAUGUGAUCAUUUAUGCACAGGCUGACCCAGGAGGAGACAGCCAGCUAGGGCAGGCGGAGAACCUGGAUGGCCAUCCCCCACGUAAGAGAUAUAGGGUAGAACAGGAAGACGGGCAGACAUACAUACUUACUGUGACAGAUCCUGAUGGAAAUUAUGCCUUAGAGGCAGCAGAAGAUGGUGAAGAUGUGACAGAUGCCAGCGCUUCUAGUUCAGGUGUGGCAUCACCUAAGCCAACAGAUAUCACCCAGUCAUGGUUUACAAACAGGGAGGAGAAGACUGCUCUACACAGCAAAGGUGUUAAAUGGAAACAAGGGCAGUGGUCCAAAGAGGAAGUUGAUCUUCUUCAAAUGAACAUUGUCAACUACUGCAAGUCCCAUGGCAUAGCAGACCCCACCGAGAUCAUCUUUGAAAUGUCAAAGGAUGAGCGCAAAGAUUUCUAUCGCCGUAUAGCUGUUGGUCUGGAGCGCCCCCUAUUUUCUGUGUACAGGCGUGUUAUUAGGAUGUAUGAUCAGAAGAAUCACAUGGGGAAGUACACGCCUGAGGAAAUUGAAAAAUUAAGGGAGUUGAAGGUAAAAUAUGGUACGGACUGGGCGCGGAUUGGGCAGGCUCUGGGCCGCAGUGCAGCCUCCGUCAAAGACAGGUGCCGGCUGAUGAAAGACACCUGUAACUCAGGCAAGUGGCUGAAUGAUGAAGAGAAGAGACUGGCGGAGGCAGUGAUGAAUUUAACAGGAGGAAAGCAGGGUGACAGUGUGACCAGUGGGCUGUCCUGGGCAGCUGUGGCCGACCACGUGAAGACGAGGUCUGAGAAACAGUGCCGGACAAAAUGGCUGAACUACCUCAACUGGAAGAACAAAGGAGGAACAGACUGGACACGAGAUGAUGACAUACAGCUCACUCUCAGAAUCAUUGAGAGUGGAGUAAAUGAUGAGAAUGAAGUUGACUGGGAGGGACUGACCAGGAAUUGGAGCAGUGCCAGGUCCCCACAGUGGCUACGAGGAAAAUGGUGGCAGCUCAAGAGACAUGUGCCUGAUUACCAUGCCCUGAGUCUUCAAGAGAUAGCUGCCAACCUGAGUGAAAUGCAUUCCCAGAACAUCCGCAGCAAACCUCAGACCAAUGCUGUCAGGUUUACUUCACUGCCUCGUGUUAGUGUGGUACAGCAAGCGGGUGGUACGGGGGUGCUCCAUGUACCCAUUACUGUACAGUCAGGUCAAACAGUGGCGGCCCUGUCUACAGAAGAGACAGAUGGAGCUUCGUUCCAGGCAUAUGAACUAGUCCAGGGUCUGCCCACCAGUUCUGGGGCCUUCCUCAUCACCCAGCCACAGACCAACCCACAUAUAUCCUUUGCUACUGGAGGGAUGGCCACAGAUCAUAUCAUAGUCCACACACUGCCCAUGUCCAGUACUCAGCUCCCAGACUCCAUGAGAAGCAAUGAGAACGUGACAGUGCAGCUGAACCAUCUGAACCAGUCCCAGGUGAUCAUCCAGACCCAGCAGGGAGAGCAGAGGGUGGUUGCACUGGACAUGUCUGCAGCAGGACAGGGGAUAGAGGAUGGGGAGCAGGACGUUGUGCCCCUCGCCCAGGCCUCACAGCAACCACCUGAACUGGGGCAGGUGGAGCUCAGCACUGAUGCGCUGUCUGAGAUAAAGGUAAUAAACUCCGAAGUUGACCAAACAGAAAUAGGGGACAGUGUGGCAGUGCCCGGGGGUCUGGUCAUGGUGACCAGUGAUGCCUCCAGCUUGGACAGUGGUGGCCACGAUGGCACAGGAGUUACCACACACCUGGUGAUGUCUUCGGCUGCGGGGUCCUUUGUCCAGUCCAACAGUAAUGAUGGGGAACUCAUGAUGACCUCCUUGUCUGACCCCAUGCUGCCUUCUGAGAGCUCAGAUUUGAUUGGGUCAGCCUCUGAUGGAGAAGUUGACAAGAGCCAAUCAGCAGUGGAUGAUCCUUCAGACUCAUGACACCAACAAACCAUAGAAAUAGUACAAAAUGGAUAGAAAAGCUUGAAGUGUAAUGUAUUGCAAUUGUUUGAUCAUUGAACAUAGUGCCUGGACAUAUUUGUUAUAUGUGUAAGAAAACACAAUGCACCUGUAGGUGAGAGUUAUUAAUGACAUCAGUCCUGACUUGUGGCACUUGUUUUAUGGAAGUGUUAUGGAAAUUGUUAAAACUAUUGAUGUUCAUAUGGCAUCUAUUUUCCAAACUUGAACAAGGCAAGCUGGGGGCUAACUAUCAGUACACAAUCAGUAUGAUUGCAUCUCAACUACCACAAUGUUACAUUGACUCAAUAUAACAUACACUGUUGCUCUUCAUAACUGUAAAUUCAAUUGUCUAUGUAUGAAAAUGUCAAGGUCCUAUUGACCUAAUUAUUCAGUCUAUUUAUUGGCAUAUAAACAUAUUGUUCUUUUAAUGCUAUCAUAGGUCUGGUAUUAUACUUGAUGCAUGUAGGUCCAGCUAUCAGGCAUUGACGUGCAUUUUUUUGUAACCAAAUAUGUGAACAUCUGUUAAUGUAACAGCAAUGCACAUUGCUUGACUAUUUUUCAGGGGAUGGUUGGGUCAUAUAUCUUUUUUUUUCCAUUUUGAGGGGGGUCAUCAUGUAAGAAAGCAAUUUACUCAUUUCAUAAUUUCAUAGAAUCGCAGGUUUCAGUCAUCUAAGCAGUCCAAUGUACAAAACUUGCUGUAUUAUACUGAUAGAUGUUUGUAAAAGGAUGUAUGGAACAAAUAUGAAGAAAAUACUUCAGUAAUAGCCAUUUGGUGUAGUAGGUGUGGGUUUGAGUUUAGCUUAGCCCUUUUCUUCUUCAGAUCAUUGACUUUGGCUUUUGUUGCACUUAAUCUACUUUGGGCAAGGGAAAUAUCUUUGUAAAGGUUUCUAUGUGACUGUGGGAUUAUGUAUGUGACCUUGGAUUUCAUGCUUUACAUUGUGCCUUUAAAUACAAAAUUUUGGAAUUCUUAAAAUUUUUAUAUUUAUUUGAAUUUGACUGAAAUUGAAAACUGUUUUACAACCAAAGAACAUUCUAGUCAACAAAUUAGGUGUGUGAAAUAAACCAGAAUGUACUGGACUAGUUUGUUUUUAUUUUAUUUUAUCACCAUUUUAUACAAGUGUCUAGGACAAUGAAAUAUACAUCAUAUCUCAAAAUCUGGAAAAAAAUGUUCACAAUUUUUUUUUUCUACUGAACAUUUGGAAAUUGUAU